CUGUCUCUCCUCAAACUCAUUUAGCUCCGUCCUUCCUCUUCCUCCCGCCUCCUUCUCCUCUUAACCCCCCCCACCAGAAAAACAGCAUCUUGUAGUUGUACCGCCACCGCUAGUCGGCGUCGCCUCUUCCACUACCUCUCCUUCUCUUCUGUUGCUAUUCCUGGUGGAAAUGGCCAACAGCAAUGCCCCUUCUACUGUUGAGAAGCAAGAGUUACAAUGUUUUUUCCCCUCAUAACUUCUAUUGAUAGAUUUGGAAGAAAUGGCCAACAGCAAUGUCUCUUCUACUGUUGAGAAGCAAGAGAUCAAAUUGGAUGAUAUUAAAGCCGUCUUGGAUAAGGAAAAGGUCAUUGGGACAACAAUAAGUGAUAUGGAAUAUAGGGUAGCAUUGUUCAACAGCCUUACGCAUACCUGCUUCGAAAAAUGUGUUGAGAAAAGGUACAAGGAAGGCGAACUCCAUCUUGGUGAAAAUAGUUGCAUUGAUCGUUGUGUUUCAAAGUAUUGGCAGGUGAAUAAUUUAGUUGGUCAUCUGCUUGCAUAUGGUCGUCGUGGCGUGUGAAUGUUGUUUACCUGUUAGUUACAGAUUGCUCAAAUUUGAAUAUUACGACGAAUUCAUUACCUGGGGGAAUAAGCACUUGAAACAACCAUAGACAUUUGUUCAUGUUUUCCCUUCAUCUCCAGAUCCUUCUGCCAGCAUUAUUGGAGAGUUUUGAUAAUGACAGGAUUCAUUACCUCAUACAGAUUCUGACAGAUUUUGUUGAAGAUGGUAAAGAUUUCGAUAUAUUCAUAGUUUAUUUCUUGCAGUUGCUAUUCAUUACUCCCUCUGUAUUUUUUUAAGAGAUACACUUGUCUUUUCCAGCCGUAUUUUUUCAAGAGAUACACUUGCCAUUUUUGGUAACUUAUCAACCCCACCACCUAAUUAAAUAAUAUAUCUACUACACUUUAUGACCCACCAUCCAAUUAAAAAAUAAUUUUACAACUACACCCACCCCACCCCCAUCUCCACUUGUUCAAAAGGACAUGGUCCCCAAUGUACUUAUUUAUUAAAAUAUCUACCCCAAUCCCACUUCUUUUAUUCUUCUUAAGACUCGUGCCCAACCAAGUGUAUCUCUUAAAAAAAUACGGAGGGAGUAUAUCUUUUUUGAUAGUUCACAUUACAGGAUGACAUAGAGAGCUUUCCGACUAUUGGAACCUUGAUUUUGUAUUUAAUAUUGGAUGAAUGCAGAAUUUUUUUUUGUACAUUGAAGCACGACAAUAAACAAUAUUAUUGAAUUAUUUAUUCUCUUUUAAUCCGCGGUUAUAAAAUUUAGCUCUUUUUCUUUACUA